CACACUGGGGCUGAGUGGAACUGACUGCUCACGCUCCCAGCAUCUGCUCAGCAGCACCACGGCAAUGGGGCUCCAGGCUGGGACACACCAGCUCCACGGGGAACUCAUCCUCCUGCCCACCCUGGUGGGGAUGCUUCUCCUCUGUACAAGCCCAGCGUGCGUGGCCAGUUCCCACCACAGGUUCCCCGCAGACUGCAGCCGUCUCCGUGAGACCAGCCCCAGCGGGGUGUAUGUCAUCCAGCCAGCAAGGUCUCCCCCAGUCGUGGUGUGGUGCGACAUGGACACCGAAGGCAAGGGCUGGACUGUUGUCCAGAGAAACACUUACAACACCGAAAUCACAUGGAAAGAGUCCUGGACCACCUACAAGUACGGCUUUGGGAACGUGCAGGGCGAUCACUGGCUGGGCACGGAGUACCUGCACCUGCUGACGCAGCAGGGCACCUACAAGGUCCGCUUCAUCGUGCGGAAUAAAGCCAACAUCACCCAUUACGCCGAGUACGACAUCUUCAGCGUGGAGAGUGAGGCUAGUGGGUACCCGCUGAGGCUGGGCCGGUUUUCUGGUGAUGGGGAUGACUAUCUGACCAGCUACCACUCGACGUAUGGGGGCAUACAUGACAACAUGAAGUUCAGCACGACUGACAGGGACCAGGACCAGCAUAGUGGGAACUGCGCCAGCAGCUAUGGGGGCUGGUGGUAUGACAAGUGUCAGAAUGUCCUGCUCAAUGGCAAGGGGUACAUCUUCUGGCCAGGAACCUGCUCAAGUGGUGACUGUGCAUCCUCCCUCAUCCUGGUCAAACCCACAGAUGUGUGCUGACCGUGCCGCAGCUCCCAGCCUCCCAGGAGUUUGGGGGAGUGCCACUGUCCCCAGCUCGGUGCCCCGUUCCUGUGCCUGCCAACCGCCCCGUGCCAG